AUGACCUCAAAUGAGACAGGAUCUAUUGGGAAAGAUAACGGGCGUUCCGCAUCAACUUCAAUCCUUCCACAUGGAGCUCUUCCUCCCUCAAUUUCCAACCAACUUCCCCCAUCUCAUCCGGUUAGAGAAAUAGCCAUUAGCUCUCGAACUCUGGACAGUGUAAAAAUAGCUAAAGUUACCCUUGAAAAUUUCUACAAUAACCUCGCGACUCAAUCACAGGAACGACAGAAACGCUAUAAGAUCCUUGAGUCUUUGAUGGAAUCUGAGGGAUUGACAGAAGAUCAGAAACAACAUAAGCGUAGUCAACAUGCCCUCAAGGAAAGCGAAUACCUUCGGUUAAAAAGGGCGCGAUUAACUGUGGAUGAUUUUACUCCUCUGAAAGUUAUUGGAAAGGGUGCUUUUGGAGAAGUGCGAUUAGUUCAGAAACAGGAUAAUGGAUACAUCUAUGCGAUGAAGAUUCUUCGAAAGGCUGACAUGCGUCAGAAGGACCAAAUUGCCCACGUACGAGCAGAACGUGAUAUCCUCGUGAAAGCAAACAAUCCUUGGGUAGUGAAGAUGUUCUAUUCAUUCCAAGAUUCCGUCAACCUCUAUCUUGUUAUGGAGUUCCUUCCAGGAGGAGAUAUGAUGACGUUAUUGAUGAAAUUGGAUACCCUAACAGAAUCCCAAACUCAAUUCUACGUGGCAGAGACAGUGCUUGCCAUUGAUUCCAUUCACAAAAUGGGCUUCAUUCAUCGUGAUAUUAAACCAGAUAACCUACUUCUUGAUUCAAAGGGUCACUUGAAACUCAGUGAUUUCGGUCUUUGCACAGGUCUGAAAAAGGCACAUCGAACGGAAUUCUACAAGGAUCUAUCACAAGCAGUGCCGAGUGAUUUUGCUUACAAUCUCAUGGACUCCCGUCGACGAGCAGAGAGCUGGAAAAAGUAUCGACGUACUUUGGCCUACUCAACAGUGGGAACGCCGGAUUAUAUUGCACCAGAGGUCUUUCAUCAGAAGGGCUACGAGUGCUCCUGUGAUUGGUGGUCUCUCGGGGUCAUCAUGUAUGAAAUGCUCAUGGGUUUCCCACCAUUUUGUGCAUCCACAGCACACGAGACCUAUCAGAAUGUGAUGUCUUGGCGUGAAACCUUAACCUUCCCUCCAGAUACCCCCAUCUCAAAAGAAGCACACGAUCUCAUAACCUCCCUAUGCACAGACGCUGAGCACCGUUUGGGCUCCAAAGGAGGAUUGGAACAGUUCCGCAACCAUCCAUUCUUUACCAAUGUUGAUUGGAACAAUAUUCGUGAGCGUCCGGCGGCAAUUCCCGUCCAGAUUCGUUCUAUUGAUGACACGAGCAACUUUGAUGAAUUCUCUGAUGAGGAUCUAACAUGGCCAAAUGUAACGGAUCCCAAAAAGUCUUACAAGAAGGACCUGGCGUUUAUCAACUAUACUUACAAGGCUUUCGAUGGCUGUUCCAGUUGUGACAGGCGAGUGUCCAGACCUUCCAACCACCAUCAGCAGAGGCAUGUUCGAGCCUGUCCUGCUACAACGGCAGGCACAGCACCCUCUGUUGGUUGA